UCUAUACCCAGUCAUUUUUUGUUACUCACUUGUAGGCUGUGGUCGCGUGUCGUAUAGAGACAGUCGUCAUAAUAUUGAACCCCUUGGUAGUUAUUGAUUUCAGACCAAUCAGAUCUCGUAUUGUCGAGUAGUUCUACACAACUACCACCAUUUUAAGUGUCGAACUUUCUUCAUGACCAAUCAAACGGAAAAAAUGAAGUGGUCCAGCGUCUUCACAGAACUGUUGCUGUUGUUGGUUAAAAGCGUUUACUACAUUGGCGAGUCCAUUUAUCACAUGUUCGUACCGUUGACUGAAAAAUCGUUGGCCGACGACAUCGUUUUGAUUACAGGCACUGGACACGGAAUAGGGAAAUGUUUGGCGAUGCAGUUCGCUGAAGUGUCAUCCAAAGUAGUGUGCGUCGACAUCAACGCACAGUCGAACGCGGAGACCGCAAAGGAAAUCAACGCCAAAUGGAAAGGAAAAGCUUUCGCUUACACAUGCGACGUGUCGACGUUGGAAAAAGUCAGAGAGCUUGGCGAGAAGGUCGAGAGGGAAGUUGGCACUGUUACCAUUCUGGUCAACAACGCAGGUAUUAUGCCAUGUAAGCCGCUCGAGGCUCACGACGAAGCCACCAUAAAAAAAAUAUUUGAAGUCAACGUUUUUGCUCAUUUCUGGAUGCUCGAUACAUUUUUGCCCCGAAUGAAAGCUCUGAACAAUGGACAUUUAGUUUUCUUGUCGUCGAUGGCUGGUAUAAUUGGCUUGAAGAACUUAGUGCCUUACUGCGCAUCCAAAUUCGCAGUGAGAGGUCUUGCAGAAGCGUUAACGGACGAGUGCAGAGUAAAUGGCUUCACAAAUCUCCACUUCACCUCUAUUUUCCCGUAUAUGGUCGACACCGGUCUGUGUAAGAAACCCAAAAUUCGUUUUCCCAGUUUAUUACCACUCGUUACACCCGAGGCGACGGCAAAAGAAAUAAUAUCUGCAGUCAGAAGGAACUUAUUUGAACAUUCCAUUCCGAGUUCAUUGCUCGCCUUCAAUAACAUAUUUAGGUGUUAUCCUCACAAAAUGGCAUUGGACUUAAAAGAUUUCAUGGGCAGUGGCGUUGAUGCACACGAUGAUUGAUUAUCAAGCACGCCAUGUAAAAAAAAUUCUAUCAAAAUUAUCAUAUCAUUUUAUAUACGGUGAGCAAAUCUAUCACAAUUUAUAGCCAUAGAAAGUCAAAUUCUGAAGUCCAAAUUUUUUAGACAUCGGAUAUUUACCAGAAAAUUAACUAAUUCUCAUCG